UCGGCACUCCGCGCGCAUCACUCCGCUAUGGUGCCACAAUGACCUCGCUGCCCGGCAUGACCCACGACCCGUCGGCACCGCCGCCCCUGUUUCUGGACAGCCCGUACGUGUCGCCCGACUAUGGCAACCUGUCGCUGCUGCCGUCGCUGCAGGCCGGCGACGUCAGCUCGGGCAAGCUGUACCAGGUGCCCGUCGGCUUCAUCGUGCUCCUCUCCAUCUUCUACGGACUCAUCUCGCUGGUGGCCGUCGCCGGCAAUUUCAUGGUCAUGUGGAUCGUGGCCACGUCGCGGCGCAUGCAGACCGUCACCAACUUCUUCAUCGCCAACCUGGCCGUGGCCGACAUCAUCAUCGGACUGUUCUCCAUCCCUUUCCAGUUCCAGGCCGCUCUGCUGCAGCGCUGGGUGCUGCCAGAGUUCAUGUGCGCCUUCUGCCCGUUCGUCCAGGUGCUCUCGGUCAACGUGUCCAUAUUCACGCUGACCGCCAUCGCGCUGGACCGAUACCGUGCAGUCAUGUCGCCACUCAAGGCGCGCACCACUAAGCUGCGCGCCAAGUUCAUCAUCUGCGGCAUCUGGACGCUCGCGGUGGCGGCCGCGCUGCCGUGCGCGCUCGCGCUGCGCGUCGAGACGCAGGUCGAGUCGCACGCGCUCAACCUGACCAAGCCGUUCUGCCACGAGGUGGGCAUCUCGCGCAAGGCCUGGCGCAUCUACAACCACGUGCUCGUGUGCCUGCAGUACUUUUUCCCGCUGCUCACCAUCUGCUUCGUGUACGCACGCAUGGGCCUCAAGCUCAAGGAAAGCAAGUCUCCCGGCAACGCCCAGGGAGCCCGCGACGCCGGCAUCCUCAAGAACAAGAAGAAGGUGAUCAAGAUGCUGUUUGUCAUCGUGGCGCUGUUCGCCUUCUGUUGGCUUCCUUACCAGCUCUACAAUGUUCUCCGCGAAGUGUUCCCCAAGAUUGACAAGUACAAGUACAUAAACAUCAUAUGGUUCUGUACGCACUGGCUGGCCAUGAGUAACUCCUGCUACAAUCCUUUCAUUUAUGCCAUCUACAAUGAGCGCUUCAAGCGCGAGUUCGCGACUCGCUGCACCUGCGGUGGCCAUCGCUACAAGCCGCCCAAGAGCCGCUUCGCCUCGUACGAGCAGGAAGACAACAACUCGACCAUCAUAGUGUCCAUGCGGCACUCGUUCCGGCUCAGCUUCAAGAACUCGUCGCCGCUCAAGGCGAGCACGCAGGUGUGAUGGAGCCACCGGCGCAUUCUGACCGGCUCACAUGAAUUGGAGAAGAUGACGAGACGGGACCACGGCGUCCCCGGCUCUCCUGCGCUACCUCCAGCGGCGCAACCGAAUCUGCGUGCCACACCAGCCCUACGAGCGCAGCGCCGACGCACAGCUGCGCCAUCCCAAAGACGACCGCACGCCGUCGAUCAGACGGUCGUGCCCCACCGAUUUUCAUCGACACUGAACUUGAGCCCUGGUGCUGCACUGAGAAAGAAAGAAAAAAUAAUAAGUGCCCUGCCUGCUCCACUGACGCGUCACAGGUGUUGCACUACUGCACAGUGAUGUGUCUGCGCGUGUGCGCGUGUGAGUAUGCGUGUGUGUGUGUGUGCGUGAGCGCGUGCGUGUGUUCCACCUGUGACACUCAUUUAGUCGUUGGUGUAGAGACGCAGCGAGGGAUGUCGUGCUACAGUGAGUUCAGGGCGUGCCGGGAAAAUGUACCCAGUUCGUGUUAAAGCAGUAUUGCGGUCCUCAUGGUGCCGAGUUGAAGUUGUAUAAGAGGUUUGGCGUCCGCGUUUACACUGUCGAAUGGCGUGUAGCACUGUGGCACCAAGAGUAGUUGAUAUUUGCGAGCUUUGAGAGUGCAAGAACUCUAACGGUUGUCUUUCACGAAUGUUUUUUUUUUCAACUGUUCUCUUGCUUUCUGCUUUCUUCCUUGCUGCUCGCUGGGUGAGGAAGAGACCACGCGUUAGACUGACUAUCGGCGCGCGUGUAACAAGACCAGACACAAGAACCAACACAUGCCUGUUCAGAUAGACCAAAGUGUGCGCUUACGGCGCUUUGUAACGUGGCCCCGUCGAAAAGCGCCGAGAGUUGUUAUCACCCCACUAUCGUAUGCUUGAACCGCAGUUGUAGUGUACAGUCGAGCGCGAUUUGAAGGUUAUCGCGCGAGCGUCAACCUGCCCAGCACUCCAGGCACCUGGCGGCCGGUUUCGGGACAGGAAAAAUCAUGAUUUCGCACUCUUCUCUCCCUCGUUCGCUGUUACAUACAACAACCAUCACCCCGCGACAAACUCACCGCCCUUUCUCUCUAUUCUAAGCUUUCCAUUUGUUGCGAUAAAGUGUGGACUUGGUUACCUCGUAUCUUCGCGGGCUUAAGCUAAUAUUCUUGGUCACCCAUUCUUCCUGGCUCAGCAGCAAUGACGUUACAUAGGCUAGAUACAGCUUCGUAACGUCCAAUUUCAGAUAAUACCGCAGAAUACGUCGUGCGCACUACGAUCACUGCCUGUUCGCAGAACCAAAAAAAAAAGAAAAAGAAAGAAACUGAUAGCCCAGCAGGGAGUGACGGCUGCUGAAGGAACAGCAAAAAGAGUGAGGGAAACAGGCCUGAUACCUCCCUCGCCUUGGCAUAGAAUUCUGGGCCAUGGCGCUGUUCGCGUUCCCGGUCGACGCUCGCGCGAUAACCUUCAAAUCGCGCUCGACUGUACGUCAAUGUAAAGGCUGGUAACGUUGUCCGUGUGCUUACACAGCUCUGAAAAACUUCGAGCAUACUAAAUGUAAAGUCUACAGUACGUGGUGUUCAUGUGGAUGUGUUUGUGUUCAAUUUAAGAUUUUUAACCAUGACGGAAGUGUGUGCGUUGUACUUACAAAAGGAAAGAGUCGAGUGACAAAAGGCUCAGUGAAUCCCGUCUAUUUUUGAAGGACGCGUUAUCUUACGGCCUAAUCGUUACGUGUACUGCCUCAGAUUUGCUCCAUGAUUUCUUCCUUGCGCGUCUUUACCUUCUUCUUGCACUUAUCUGCUCUAUCAGCCUUUAUACAAACUGCUUGCUGCAGUGCAUCCGUACCAGCACGCCCAGCUGUCAUCUCUACCAGCCGCAGUUUUAUGGCAUCCGCCAUGACCCUUCAUUGUUGUAAAGAUGCCAGUGCGGCCGCGGUUUCGGCUCGGCUAACGUCAAAGACCUCGGUGACCUCUCUUCGCUUUUACAGCAUAUCGCUUAAGGCACUUCACUCCCAUUACCAGGCAAUUGCGAACGGGAAAGCCUCCAUGACAGUGUUGAUACAGGGCGCAAUUACACUCCAGUAACUGGAGCUUUCAGCGUGAGCCUGUAUAGACCGCUCUCAAACAGUAAUAGCAACCUGAAAUGUUAACUGCUGUGUUAAAAUGUCAAACUGCCGCCACUGUAUACACGUUCCUGGUGGUUUUCUCAAGUGUCCUCCUCUUUUUUUCCUCUCAGUUUAGGCCGAGUACGCGCAUGUAACCCGCUGCGGUGGCUUAGCGGCUAUAUGUGUUGCACUGCUAAGCAUGAGGUCGCGGGAUCAAAUCCCGGCCGCGGCGGCCGCAUUUCGAUGGGGGCGAAAUGCGAAAACGCCCGUGUCCCGUGCACUGGGGGCGCGGUAAAGAUCCCCUGGUGGUCAAAAUUAAUCCGGAGUUCCCCGCUAUAGCGUGCCUUAUAAUCAAAUAGUGGUUUCGGAACGUAAUACUCCAGAAUUCAAUUGACGUGAUUGCGAGGAAAGUGGCGCAUGGUUAUUAUCGCAACAGUUGCUACAAAUCUGAAUUUACAGCGCUUCUAGGGCGCAGCCAUGUCUUCUCGGAAGCUGAAAAAAAAAAAACACGAAGAAACAACCGCUAUAACGCUCAGGCGUUCCUAUCGCAUGCUUGCUGCCAGUGUUCGCUCGGCAUGGCUGUGACGUCAGCUGUCCCGUCAUGAAAUUGCCAGCCUAUAGCGCGGAAUGCGUCGACAGCUCACGACUUUGGUUGAGAUUAAGUGUGCGUGCUUUAAACAGAUGUGCAAAAGUAACGGAUUCUGGGAUGCUAUUCUGGACAUCGUGAAAUUCCGCCAUAUUGUCGAAUUAGUCAUCUUCUCAGCAUUGAUUGGCCCAAGGGACUGCUACGGCCUCUCUGAUUGGCCCAAAAGUCUGCUACAGCCUCGCUGAUCGGCUCAAGAUGGUGUCAUUGCAGAACUUGACAACCUGGCCGAAUUCCAAGAUCUCCAGAAUAGCAUCCCUGGUCUAUGCCAUAAUAUUUCUUAGUGAGAAUGAGAAAGACCGGACACGUAUCCAAGACGCAACGUGAAGCACAUCACACCCAAUCUAAUUCAGUGCAGCGAGCGUUUCGUUGACGUUGCAACGUCAUCCUAUCACAAUAAAGCCAGAUAAACAACGCCACGUUAAAAUAAUGCCGAUGGGAAGCGAGCCCAUCCAUCGGCUGGUUCUUUCGUCGCGAUCGUUCCCUCUGGCUUACCAAAUCAAACUUGUGAGACUUGUGAGGUACGAUGAGGUUAGCUGCAUGCCCGAAACCGUGCCCACUUGAGAGAAAAAAAGACGAGUGACUUAACUUUCUCGUGAAGCCAUCAAUCUGAAUGACUCUUUGUUGCGGUCUCCAAGCAUUUCCUACUCCCUCCUUUUGCAUGUGCUUGUUAAAAAUGGCAGCUGCGUCUCUGCUACUUCCCCAAGCGUGCUAUGAUUACUCAUGGUGCAUAUCGUUUUUGAAGAAUCGCAGCCUUUGCGGUACACGAAGUGGUGAAAAAAAAUGUUUUUUUUUUUAAAGUUAUCUCUAUACAUGCUGCUUGAAUUGAUUCUUGACAAAAACGUUGAUAUAUUCCUUGUUUGAGUGUGAAUUGACGUCGAAAUGUUCAAUAAAGGAAAAACAAAAAACUGAA